GUCCGGUAGAUGGCGGUAAUGCAACUUCACGACGGUUGCCAAACGCGAAAAAUAUGAAAAGAAGAAGAGGGGCGUUUACCCAGUGUGGAAGGCGCAACAAUCAAAUAGUGUGUGAUACUGUGUUUGAAUUAUUUGUUUUAUUUUUAGUUCUGUUCGUUAGUUGUGUCGAUUGAAACCUCCAGCAUGACUCAGCAGUCCGCCUCCUGGUCCAUCUGUAAGCGGCCUGCUGAGCUCGUUCGGCUGAGGAGAAAAAGACCCCGAAAUGCUGCUGAGCGUCCUGGAGAGAGCGACUCCUCCACGGCUACUGUUGCCCCCACCGCGCCUCCCAGCCUCCACAGCCAGUCCAGGAGCAGAGGGAACCGCAGAAAUCCUUUUGUGACUUGGGACAACGCGCCCAGUCGUCCGAAGAAAGUUUUAGUUGAAGACGAGGACGGUGAAGAUGUGGGCGUUUUGAUGAAACUGAUGUCCACAGAGAGGAAAUCAGGGGACCCUCCAACAAGAGACAGCUUAGCGGAGAAGAAUCCUUCUGAAGAUGAUUCUCUGUUGGAAAUAGAGGAGCAACAUGGUAAUAGUCUGCUGAUCGAGGACCCACUGGCAGUUGCUCCUGUCUCCAUUGCUCCCAUUAGAAGUACAGAGUAUCCAGCUGACUGGAGCUUGAAAACUCGGGUGCUCUUCACCUCUCCAGUCUCCUUGACAUGGACAGAGCAACCAAAAGCCCAGGAAGAAGCUCUGGGGCUCAGCAACAGCUGCAGAGCUCAAUUUAGCACUCUGCCACCCAAUCUGCAGGAGCCCAGGUACUGGUCUGAGGUCCGUUCUGCCUUCCAGCAGUGCCUGGUGUACUGGCAGCACCCGUCUCUUCCCUGGCUGUCACUGUUCCCCAGGAUCAAUGCUGAAAAAAGCUUCUCUGGGAAGAACAGCCCUUGGACUCAGGACAUUGCUGUACAGGAGAGUCUCAUGAAGGAAUGGUCAGUCAGUUUGUCAUCUCUCUACAGUCUGUUAAAGGCAGGGCUCUGCCCAUACUUCUAUGUUUGCUCCUAUCAGUUCACAGUGUUGUUCAGGGCAGCAGGGCUUGCCGGGUCAGAGUGCAUAACCGCCCUAAUUUCUCCUACAACUCGAGGUCUCAGAGAAGCAAUGAGGACUGAAGGUGUAGAGUUCAGUCUUCCCCUGCUGAAGGAAAGCAGGAGGAUCCGUAAGCAGCACGAUGCUGUUCACCAGAGAGUAGAGGAAGAGGAGGAAGACCAGGACAGGGAUUUGUUGCGAGGGGAUGAAGAGUGUCAGAAAGAGGAUGAAGGACUCAGCCGAGAUAACGAUGACAGCUUGUCUUGGCUAAAGGAGAUGGGAAUUCAGGACCAAAUAAGGAAGCCUGAAAGCAUUAACAUACAGCUACAAAAAGAAGGUCCGACUCUAUCUUUGGACCAUAAACCAGAAUCUGCUGUUUGUGUGGAGGGAUCACACUCCUUCAACCUCAUCAACUUCCUCAUCAACUGUAAGAGUGUGGUGGCUGCAGCUGGUUCUCAGACUGGUCUACCACCAACCCUGCUGGCUCCCACUGCCUUCAGAGGGGCUACCAUGAAUGUGCUGAAGGGUCGCAGCGUGAGCGUGAAGAACUUGGUUGAUUGUACCUACCAGCACUCAAGCAGUCUGGAGCUCACAGGACCCAUCCUUCCUUCAUCUCUUCAUGCCAUCACAGCUCUUCUUCAAACUGCACAAAAAGGCAAUUUCUCUGCUGCCCUUUAUACACAUACCCCUACUGCUGUCAUGAACAUAGAGACCUGUCAGGAACAGCGUAACAAGGCAGUGGGAAACCUGGCUCAUUGUGGUCUUCCUCCUGCUUCAGUUAAUUGGCUCCAGAUGCCCUCCACACUGGGCAAGACUGCUCUGACACACAUUGCAAUGAACAACCACAGCUACACCUGGAAGAGUGGAUAAAACAGCAUGUCUGAUACCAUCACACAUCCCAUGUCACUGCUUUCAAGUCCUUUUCUUUUUAUCAAGCAUAGAUAUAUUUUUUGCAGUUUUUUUUUAGAGAAUGUUAAUAAAUCUUAUAUAUGCAAAUCAUUUUAUUGACGUUUUUGGUUUUCAGUCAUUUCACUUAUCAGUGUUUUGUGCCUUAAUUGUAUUAAUUGUAAUUGUAGGAUUGUGAUUAAAAUAUGCAUUGAUUACUGUGA